UUGAAUCAGUAUUGAACUGGCCCUUUUCCUUACACGGUUGUGGGAUUAUUAUCAGGCGUGUGGAGUAAGGAAACUUGCCUUGUUGGGAAUCGAACCCAGGUCUCUCUCUUGCAAGGUCAUGGACAAUACUGAGAAGCAAGAAAAGUAUUUCGAGUACAAUGGCAUCAAGUUUAUCACAAACAUGACUUCAGUUGAACACUUGGAUUGGGUGAAAGACUACAAAGUUCAUCAAGAUGAUGUUUUCAUUGUAUCUUAUCCCAAAUCUGGAACUACCUGGAUGCAGCAGAUUGUAAGUCUGGUUUUAGCUGAUGGUGAUGUUGAUUCUGUGAAAAACGAAAGCCUCUAUCAAAGAGCCCCAUGGAUAGAUUUUCAGUUGUUCAGGCAGCAAUCCGACAGUCGCACUAAGCCUGUGCUGAUAACGUCACACUUAAACUACCAAAUGAUUCCGACCGCCUUGAAAAAGAAAAUGGGAAAGGUCAUCUAUAUUGCCAGAAAUCCCAAGGAUGUCAUUGUGUCCUCGUAUCACUUUCACAGUUAUUUUCAACGACUCAAGGUUCCGAAAGACUUUCAAGAAUUUCUGGAGCUAUUUGUGGAAGGAGAUGUGUUUUAUGGGUCUUGGUUUGACCACAUUAGAGACUGGUACAGCAACAAGGAGGAAAUAAGCAUGUUGUUCGUAACUUACGAGGAGAUCCAUAGAGAUAUCAGAGCUGGGAUAGAAAAAAUCAGAAAAUUUCUUGGCAAAGAGCUGGAUGGAAAGAUCAUAGACACCAUUAUUAAAUACAGCAAAUUUGAAAACAUGAGAGCUGACCCUGCAACCAACUUUUUAUCGCUAUCCAAGGACCUUUUGGACCAUGACCGCGGGAAAUUUCAACGGAAGGGGAUUGUUGGAGAUUGGAAAUAUAACUUUCUAGUGGCCCAGAACGAAUGGUUUGAUUCCAUCUACCAGGAGAGGAUGGCAGACUUUCCUGUGAAGUUUUACUAGAGCAUUCUAUCCUGUUUUGCCCUCUGAUACUCAGAUGGAGAGAUGAGCCCUGAGAUGUUCUUGGAAUUACACAAUGAAGCGAAACCAAAUGGCAGAAUAAAACAAAUGAUUGUGCUGCA